AUGUUCUCUAAUAUGAGUGAUGACAUACCAAUAGAAAGUAGUUAUUUAAAAAACAUUUUUAAAAGCACAGACAAAAAAAUAAAAUUAUUUAAAUUAUAUUUAGAGAAAAAGUUAAAUAUUAAUUCGUAUUCGCUUGGGGAAUUUUCUCUUAAACAUGAUGAAAAAUUUAGACGAAUAUUUUUUUCCAAUAUACUAAAAGAGCAUAUAAUAACAAAAAGGAAAAAAGAUAGAUUAUAUAUUGUCAAUGAAAUAGUUAUAAAUAAAGACUUUUUUCAAAACAAUUUUUAUUUUCAAUAUUUUUUACAAAAUGUUUUAUUAUUUGAAGAUUUACGAUUAAAAAAAAUAGAAAAUAAUUUAAACAAAGAUGUUUUUUUUAAAGAAAAAAAAUCAUCUUUAAUUAACUGGAAGCAAUGUUUUAGUCAUAUAAAAAAAAAGUUAAAUGAAAAAGGAGUGGACAAAAAAAGUAAAAUUUAUAAAAAUUCAGUAUUAUUGUUUAAUUCAACUAAAUUUUCAUAUGAAGAUCAAAAUUGUUGUGAUUAUUUUUAUAGUCUAAAAGUAUGGGAUAUUUUUUUUAAUUAUGUUUCUUUUGAUUUUUUAAACUAUUUAUUGUCUAACACUCUUAUAUUUAUAUCCGAUUUUUUUUUUAUUAAUUCGAAUGAAUUAUUUCCAAUUCAAACUUCUUUUUUUAUUACUUUAAGUCACAUUGAGUUAAAAUGGAAAGACAGUAAAAAAUUAGAGAACAAAUUUAUUUUAAAAAAAAAAAAAUUAUUUUAUAACACAAAACAGCUCAAAAUAAUUUAUAAAAACAAUCUUACACAAAAUGUAAAUCUCCAAAAAAAAAAUUCAAAUCAAACAGAUCUUACUAAGGAACCUGAAAUAACUGGAACUACAAAUUUAGUGUCUCAAAAAAAUAACAGUAAUAUAUAUGACCCAAAUGAGAGAGAUAAUAAUAUGACAAUUUUGAAUAAUUCUAAAAAUAAAAGAGAUAAUGAAAAAAGAGAUAAUGAAAAAAGAGAUAAUGAAAUAGAUCAUAUGAGAAAAUCUAAGAAAAUAAAAACUUUUCAUAAUACUAUUGAAAUGAAAGAAAACAAACCAUUAAUAUGUUCAGAAAAAUAUAUGGAAAAAUUAAAACAUUUGAAAAAAAUAUAUAAAUAUUUGCUUAAAAAAAAAAGUAAUAAAACUUAUUUUAAAAUUCAUGAUAGUCAUUCAUAUAUAAGAUAUUUGUAUUUAAUUCAAUGCAGUGGAGGAAUUUUGAAAAAUGAAUGUCUAAAAGAAAUGAAAGAAAUCAUAAAAAAGAAAAAAGAAAUACUUCGAAAUGAGAAAAAAAACAAAACUAUACAAAAUUUGCAAAAUGUACAAAAUGUGCAAAAUGUGCAAAAUGUGCAAAAUCAUAUAAUAGAAAUGGAAAACAACGGAUUACACAAAAUUGAUACAAGUCAAAAAAUAAAACUAAAAAAAAAACAACUGCCAAAUAUUUAUUUCUUUCAUAAUAAUGAUAAAAAUGAAAAUAGACAUUUUAAUAAUGUUACUGAUAGUUUGAAUAUGACUAAUUAUGAAAUGAGGACUGAAAAAGAGACUAAAAUGUUAAACGAUAAAAAAAAAUGGAAUAAAAUAAUAAUUAAUAGAAACAACAUUUUACAACAUAAUACUACAAAUAAAUAUAAAAACUUUUUAUUUAAUAAAAAUAUGAUUUUUGAUAAAUUAGAAAAUGUGCCCUUAUUUAUUUAUCAUUUAUUAAACUAUAUUUGUACAUCAAAUCAAAAAUAUUUUUUUCAUAAUAAUUUUAUAGAUGAAUAUAAGCAAAAAAUACUAAAACAAAUUAAAUGUAAUACAAAAAAAAACGACAUUUCUCAUUUUGUGUAUAAAAAGGAAGAUACAAAAACGUGUAAUAUAGUCAAAGAAGGAAAUAAUAAUAAGGGAAAAAAUAUUUAUUUUCGGAUUAAAAAAACGAAAAUACUUAAAUAUAUCUACUAUCAUUUUUCUGAAUUUUUAAAUAAUGUAAGGAAUACAAAAUUUGAAAAAAUUUAUAAUAAAUUUUUUCCUAAAAAAAUAAUGAAAAAUAAGAUAGCAAAAAUAUUUAAAACAAUCAAAUCGAUUAUAAUAAAAAAAUUUCACAUUAUUAAUGUAAGAAAAAAUAGAAAAUUUAUUAGACAACAAAUGUAUGAUUAUUUUUUUAAAAAUUAUGAUUUUCUAAGCUUUUCCUUUAAAACUUAUAAAGUUAUUGAUUUUAUUGUUCAUGUUACAAAAAUGUGUGUACCUAUUAAAUUGUUAGGUAGUAGAUAUAAUUUCAAAAUUUUUUUAAAUAAUGUCAAAAAAUUUAUAUUAUUGAAUUAUAAAGAAAGUUUUUCUAUGGAUCAAAUAAUGAAACAUGUAAAGGUUAAAAACAUUUUUAAAAAACAGAAAAAUACAGAGAACAAUAAAAAAAACAUACCAGAUGAAUCAAAUAUGAUUACACCAAUGAACAACAUUUUAAUAGAACCAUUUAAAAAAGAUAUUUCAAAAUGCUCUAGUUAUAAUUUAAAUGAUCAUAAAAAAAUAAGUGAUGAUAAACAAAAUCGAUUUAUGAAAUAUUCAUCAAAAAAUAUAUCUUUGUUUCAAGAAUUAAAAAGAAAAUAUUUUGAUAAAAAAAAAAAAAUAAUUUUAGCUAUUCAAAAAAGACAUUUUUUAAGUAGACUUAUAUAUUUUAUUUUUAAUUAUUUCAUUAUGCCAUUAAUGAGAAAUUUUUUUUUUUUGACAAAAUCAGAACAUACUAUUUAUAGAACUAUUAUCUUCGAUAGAAAACUAUGGAACUACUUUACAAAAGUUUCAAAUUUUUGUUUAUAUCAUCAAAACUUUCGAAAUAAAAAAAUUAAAAAAAUAAAAGAAUCCAAACCAAAGAAAGUUCAUCAUAUGUUGAAAAAGCAGGACAUAGAACAACAUCUCAAUCAAUUGAAGCUUUUAAAAAAAAAAAAAAAAAAAUUAUUAUCCAAAAGAAACAAUAGCAUUAAUGUUGUUAAAUCUAUAGAGAAUAAAGAAACCGGAAAAGAUAAAAAUACUAAAAAUACACUUUUUAAAGAUAAAAUAAUAAAAAAGGGAAAUAUCAUAAUGUGUAAAGAAAUUGGAAAGGUAAAAAAAGAAAAAAAGAAAAGAUUGUCUGAAUGUAAAAAAAUAGAUAAUUUAUACAAAAUAAAAGUUCUUAAUAAAAAAAAUGUUAGACCUUAUUUAAAAAAGUUUUACUACAAAAUUCGAAAAAAAUAUUUUUCCUUAAAAAAAUACUAUAUUAAAAAUAAUAAAAAUAUUACUCCUACUAUGUUGAGAAAUUAUAAAGAGUAUAUCAAUUAUAUGAAUGAUAAAAAAUUCCUUUUUAUAUAUAUGGGAAAACGUUUUUUCAAAAAAAAAAAAGUUAAUUAUAUUAAGCUUUUCUAUAAACUAGUAACCAAAAUUGAGAAGAAAAUUAAUAAAAUGCAAUGCAAAAAUUCGGUAAAAAGGAAACGAAAAAUAAGUGAAAUUGAACAGAUGGAAAUAAAAUCGAAAAAAAAGUCACCAUCGUGUAUUGUUCCCAACCCUGAUCUAGUGCAUAAUCAAAGGAAACGAGGGGGGAGGCAACUGAAUACAAAAAUAAUGGGGAAAAGAAAACGGUCUGACAAUGGUAAUGGGGAAAAGAAUGUGAACAAAGUAUAUAUGCACAAAAUAAAAAAUAUGAUCGAAAAGCGUAAUUUUUUACUAAAGCUUAAUUGUAUUAAUAACUUUUUUUCAAAAAAAUUAAGAAUUAAUUGGAUACCUAAAAAAAAAGGACUAAGACCUUUGAUAAAUCUAUCAACAUUGAACAUUCCUGAAAGUGUAAAAGCCAGAGUCACGGAAAUAUUAAAAAAUAAAAAAAGCAGUGAAUUUUAUUAUCAUAAUAUAUUAGAAAAUUUAGAAAGAAAAAAGGAAAAGAACAAUCCUCUUCGAAAAAAAAAAUAUAAUCGAAAAAAUUAUAAUCCAGUCUCUUUAAAUAAUAUUUGUAAAUUUUCUCUUAAAUGCUUAGGAAAUGCUAGAAGCAAUAAUAGUUGUUUAUUUAAAAAUACUUUGACAAAAACAAAUGAAAUUGAAUUAAAAUUAAAAAACUGGUUAGAAGAUAUAAAAAAUUGUUUUUAUCGUAAAAAAAUUUAUAGAAAAUAUAUAAAAAAUAAAUUACGGAAUAACAAAAUAAUUUAUGCAUAUAUAUGUGUUGGUGAUUUUUCAAAUUGCUAUGAACACAUAAAUCAUAAUUAUUUAUUUAAAUUUUUAAAACAUUUUUUUGAUCAAGUAUCAAAUUUUGAAUUUGUAUAUUUAUUUAAAAGAUCAUUUCGUUUAUAUAAUAAAACUAUCAAUAAUUCACUCCUGUCUUAUUAUCCAGUAAAUGUCAAACAUUUUGGUAUGCAUUAUAUUAGAAAUCUUAGAGAAGUUAUAAUAAAAUCAAAUAAAAAUACAAUACAUAAUUUUUUAUUAAAGCAAUUAUUUAAAAAUGCUUCAAACACAGAUUUGUACAUUUUCUCAGAUUCUUAUAAAAGUGUUCAAGUUGAAAAAAGAGAUAUUUUUAUGACAAUAAUAACGAUUAUUAGAUAUUACUACCUUAAUAUAUAUUUUACCAUAAAAGAAUUAAAAUUAAAUAAAAAUAAUAUUUUUUAUUUUCAAAUAUUUCAAAAAAAUACCAAAAUAAAAAAUAAUGUUUAUUUUAAAUUAAAAAACAAAAAAAUAUUUCAAACAAUUCACCAAUUUCACCAAAACAAAUUUUCAUCUCUUGAACCAAUUGAAAAAGAUAUCUCAAAUAAUAUGUUAGAAAAAGAUAUCUCAAAUAAUGUGUUAGAAAAAAAUAUCUCAAAUAAUGUGUUAGAAAAAGAUAUCGCAAAUAAUGUGUUAGAAAAAAAUAUCUCAAAUAAUGUGUUAGAAAAAGAUGAUCAGAAUAACAAAAUUGAAAAAUCACCACAUAGGGAAUUAAAUAAUUCGAUAAACGAUUCUAUUAUUAAACCUAUUUCAGAAUUAAAUAAAGAACCCAAAGCAAAUGAUAUAAAUAGUUCUUUCCCAUUUAGAAGUAAUAGUACUUGUAUUUCUACAAGUGUCGAAAAUGGAAGCCAAUUUUUUGGGAGUAUACUAAAUAGCAAUCUAAAUAAUAAGAAAAAUGACGUGGCUAAAAAUGGCAUGGCUAAAAAUGGCAUGGCUAAAAAUGACGUGGCUAAAAAUGGCAUGGUGACAAAUUGUGACAAUGUUAAUAAUACUCCAGAUAUUGGAGACCAUAAUAUUAAAAAAGAAAAUAAUUUAGUUAUUUUACAAAAUGAUAGAGAAAGAACAUUACCUAUUCCUCAACCUAACGAAUCAUUUAAUUUAGGUGAUAAAACAGAAACAAAUAAAAUAUACUCCGAAAAAAAAAUUUUAACAUUUUUAGACAAAAACAUUAUUAGUAAUAUAUGCGGAUUACCACAAGGGUUCAGUUUGUCUAAUAUUUUAUGCUCUCUUUAUUAUGCAUAUUUAGAUAAAAAUAAAGAAUUUCAAAAUAUUUUAUAUAUAGAAAGAAAAGAAAGCAACAAAACAAAUAAUUCGAUAAAUAAAAAAAUAUAUUGUAAUCCUUUAAAUACCAAUUCAUUAUUGAUCAGAUUUAUAGACGAUUUUUUAUUUAGUACACUUAAUAAAAAAAAUAUUAGAAUAUUUAAAAAUUUAUUAUUAAAAAGAAAAAUUUGGGGAGAAAAUAUUAAUUCUUCGAAAACUAAAAUAUUUAAAAUACCUCUUAUUUAUAAAAAUAAUUUAUUUAUUUACAAUAUCUGGGAUAAACAAAAUAAAGAAAAAAAAAAAAAAAAAAAAAAAUUGAAAAAAUUGUCUCGAAAUAUCUUUCUUAGAAAUAAUAACAAAUUAUCAUCAAGCAAGUUGAAAAGCUCUUUAUUAGAUACAUCUAAAUCUAAUAGUAAUAUUAUAAAAAAUCAAAAAAAUGAACAAAUAUGUAAUUAUACCGAUUUACAAAAAUUGAAAAUAGACAGGGUCAAACCCCAACAAGUUUGUAAUAAACCUAUAAAAAUAAAUCCAGAUAAAAAAAAAGUAGGAAAUGAAAAUAUCAAAACAAUUGUGAACGGACAAAAAAAUGAGAAGAAUAAAAACAAAUUAAAAUUGAGAAAAAAUAAAUAUUCAAAAUUAAAAAUAUGUCAAAUUAAAAAAGUAAUAAAAACACUAUGCAUAAAAAAGGUGAAAUUAAAAGAGAAAUUCCCUGAAAAAGGUCAUAAAAUUCAAAAACAUAUUAAAAGAUUAAAAAAAUUAAAAAAACAGAAAAUAAAAAAAAUGGAAAAAGGAAUAGGAGAAUCAAGUUAUAUAAAUGCAACCCAAUCUAUCAGAUCUAUUGAAUGGUUAAAUAAUUCAUAUAUUUUCGAUUUUAUAAAUAAUUCAAUACAUAGUAUAUCUUAUCCUUGGAAAAAUAAAAAUGAUGCAACAAUUAGGAAUCAUAUACAUUUAAAUAAUAUAAUAGGAGAAAAGUGUAAUAAAAUAAGUUUUAUGAAAUUUUUAGUUGAAAAUAGAAUAAUGAGGAAUGUUAUAUCAAAACAAAAAAAAUAUAUAUCAUUAUAUAAAAAUAAACAAAAUGUAUAUUUUUGUUAUAAAAAUAAUUUCAUAUUAUUAAAAACAUCUAUAUUAAAAUUUAUUUGUUCUAUUAAAACAUUGAAGCAUAUGUUUAAUACAUUUUAUAAUCCGAUUUACAAUACAAAAUUUAUUUUACAUUUAAUUUCAUAUAUGAAAAAAUGUUUAAUAAAAAAUAAAAAUCUUAAAUUUGUUAAAUUGUUUUUAAUUGAAACAGCUAUUGAGUCAUUACAAUAUGCUAAGGUGUUUCACCAAAAUCAUUUUAUGUUUCGAUGUCUAAAAGUUCUUAAAAAAAUUAAAAAAAGAUUAAUAAAUAAAUAUAAAAAAAUUAAAAAAAAUAAAUUACUAAUUCAAUAUAGAAAUAUGUUUAAUGUUAUUAGAAGGGAGUUAUUUAAUUCCUGGCCAUGUAUGUUUAAAUUAAGGGAGGCUGCCGAAGGGCGAAAGAAAAGCAAACCCCAAAGGAGGAGAAUAGAAAAAUAA